CAGUCAAUUGAAUCGUGUGUGCUUGCGGUGGCGAACGGUGCUGCGAUUUUGAUUAAUUUUACUUCUUAUAAUAAUAUCUUGUUCAGAAUUUACGUAUUAAUUGAAGUUCCGUUGUACAACACUUUACUUUUUCAAAUACAAUAUGAUCCUCAAUGAUAUAUCUAACAUGGCCGGUUGGUGGACGUUCCUGAUCGCCCUCAAAAUACUCCUCGCCUCCACAUACUUCUUCUUUGCUAAGAAACCAAAAAAGUACUCUCCGCACACUGAUGCUUUAGCAACUGGCAAUUAUACUCCAUGGAAGACAUUACCGUUGGUAGAACACGACGUGACGGUAGAAGAGUCUCCAAUCAUGGGCAAAAUUGAUGAUAACUGUUUAAAUGUUGGUGCUACUAGUUUCCUAUGCUUCGAUAAGGAGGAAUCUAUAAUGGAAAAUGCAAUAAAAUGUUUGCACAAGUAUGGAGUUGGUUCCUGCGGUCCCAGAGGCUUCUAUGGUACGAUAGACGUGCAUUUAGAGCUGGAGGAGAGACUAGCCAAGUUCCUGGAAGUGGAAGAGACGUGUGUGUAUUCAUAUGGGUUCUCUACAAUUGCUAGUGCUAUACCGGCAUAUGCUAAAAAACAGGAUAUUAUUUUUGCUGAUGAAAAAGUCUGGUUUGCAAUCCAAAAAGGUUUUGACGCAGCCCGUAGCACCAUUCGCUACUACAAACACAAUGACAUGCAGCAUUUAGAAGCGCUGCUAACUGAAGCCAAAGAGAAGAAGCAGUUGAGUGCCCGGAGACGAGCAUUCCUCGUAACGGAAGCUGUGUUCUUCAAUACUGGAGAAAUGUGCCCGCUUUGGCAAGUGGUCGCUUUGGCACGGAAGUUCAAGUUGAGGAUUAUUUUGGAUGAGAGCUUGAGUAUUGGGGUACUAGGCAAAAACGGUCGUGGUCUGACCGAACACCUUAACGUGCCCCGCGACGAGGUGGACCUCAUCGUUGGGUCCUUAGAGCAUUCGUUCGCCAGCGUCGGGGGCUUCUGUGCUGGCUCGCACUUCAUCGUGGAGCACCAGCGUCUCUCCGGCCUAGGCUACUGCUUCAGCGCGUCUCUUCCUCCGAUGUUAACGCAAGCCGCCAUCUCCGGGCUCGACAUCUUGGAAUCCAGGCCCGAGAUCCUCACAGAACUCGAGGAGAGCUCCAAAAAAUUGGACAAGGCGCUCUCAAAACUCAAACACUUCACAUUCCGCGGCCACGCCCUCUCGCCCAUCAAGCACGUUUACCUCAAAAAGGACCUCACGGACCGCCUUAAACACAGCUACCUCAAAAACAUCAUGAACUACUGCCUCGAAAAAGGUGUUGCUUUCUCCGUAGCGGCUUACCUAAGGGAUGUGGAGCACAGUUGUCCGGAACCUUCUAUACGUUUGGCUUCGAGUAGGAAGCUUAAUGAUGAGAAUAUAAGGUUGUUGUGCGAGUUGUUGGACGAGGCGUAUGAGAAGGUCGGGCCGCAGCCGGAGCUGAUGGCGCUGUAGAGGUGACUUUAUUUGGGGAGGGGAAAAUAUAACAGUACAUUUUACGACAUGCUGUGCAUUCGUGAUGAAUUUGGAAUAACUUAACCUUUAACAAACAAGAGACGACUUUAAAAACAUUGUGAUGUUAUUCAUCAGCAAUGGGGUUAACCGGACAUUUUUCAGAUGGCGUCAGUAUAGGUUUCCUUGUCAAUCUGUCAAAUGCACAAAUCAAAGGUGCCUAUAAUAUCUGAACUCCCUUGAUUUUCUUCUGAAUCUGAGCAGAUUCUCACAAGGAACUUAAUUGCAAAUAAAUCAAAGUAUAAAUAAGAAAAAACCAAACCUGCUGAGCCGUCUUCGAGAACAUACUUAAAUAUUUUUGUGACAUAUAUAAAUACACGAAGACGGACAUAACGAAAGCAUAUGAGUUCUGUUUUUGCCUUUUUGGCUACGGAACCCUAAAAAUUAAAUAACGAACGAACUGAAAUCUUCCUCCGUAUCAAUCAAAAAUUGACUUGUUUUCUUCCCUGGACCACAGAAUAAAUAACAAUACGAAAGUACAGAAGGUUCACUCGCCACAGACCUAACGAAUUAGGUAACUAAGUAAGUUUUAAGGGUAAAAUGCAGAGUAAUUAACUGCAUUGACUCUUUGUUUGUUUAAGUCAACACUACUGACAGUAAUGACUACUGUGUUCAAUCAUCGAACAUAGUGGAAUGGUUUUAUUAUAAUAACAUUAAUAGCGGUUAAAAUAUCAUGAAGUAUUUUGUUUUACUAAGCACAGUAUACAAUGCAUUUAUAUGAAGUCACAAUUUAAAUAACAAUUUAACAUAAAACAGUUUUAUGCCUCCAUAUAUGGUACGAUUCAUCUUUACAAUCCGUCGUUAUAGACCGAUCGAAACGACGGAUCGAUAGUGUAUGCCAAUAUCGUUCAGGAUUUACUGAACGAAGACGAUAUCGGAAAUUGCAAUAAAAACCCGUGCAAUCAUGAAUAUCGCAACGAUAAAUCGCAAUUGUAUCCCUCAUCGUGCACCGAUCAUAAUGAUCAAUAAUUUAUUACUCCUUGUAUUUACUGGCAUUUUCGAAGCGACCGAUCGUCUCUAUUUUCGUCGGCUUGAUCGAAGCGAUUAAUCGUACCAUGUAUGGAGCCCCUAACACAUGUUCCAUAAUGGUUAAAGUUUUUACUUAAAACUAGGAGAUUAGCUAAACGUUAAGUUGUUUAUUAUUGAAGUACAUUCGAUUUUAAAGCACUACGUUAUUUACUUACACUAUUAUAUGACAUUUUAAUAGUUACAAAUACAAAUAUACCGGUAUCUAAUUAUAAAUAGGCAACAUGGUCACAAUUAUCGGUAUACCGGUAUUUCGUUUUUCACUACACAUAAAAUAGUUAUAUACUACUAAAUAUGUUUUAAGUAUUUUUCAGCAAUAUUAUGCAGAUGUCACUCAAGUAUUAAGCACUUAACUAAGUUACAUUUGUAAGUUACGCAAAGUAUGUAGAUCAUGUGCCUUUACAUAUAUUUAGCGAUUACCAAAGUAAUAUUCUAAAACCAAAGUUCCCAUUAUGCUGCAAAUGCCUAAAUUGCGUGCAUAAGUAUAAUUUUAGCAUUUUCUUUUUCUUUCGAAGUCAUGGUAAACGUUGUAGCUACGGAAUUAGAAACGGUAAAAAAAUAUAAAAAAUACCGGUAAUUUGGUAAACCGGUAAAUUACUAGUGUUUUUCAUGCAAUAAUUUUAUCGGCUGCAUUUCCUAAUUGUAGCCUUUCGGUUUUUUUUACCACAUUUGUGGUAUUUUAAUGUCUGAAGCGCAUUUCAACUUUUAACCUAUUAAAAUAACGUAACAUUUUUAAUAAAUUAAAGUAGUUACUGAAUAAUUUGGAAUAUAAUUGUAUUUUUUAUAAUUUUUUUUACGUGUAAGUACCAUUUGUCUCAAUCGAAAUAUAUUUAGAUAUAAACCUUGUCACAAUGAAGUAUGUUAACAAUAAUUAUGUUAAGGUGCUCAGUAUUAUAAAAUCACUAUUUAAUACCUGGCAUACAUAUUACUCAGAUAUAACUACUAUACAAGGUCAAAGUCAUGACCAGUACCAAGAAGAAUUAUGAUGCCAAGGACAUCUAUUGUAGUCAGCAUUAAAAAAAUAUAUAUUUGUCAUUGUUCCUUCAACAUUUUUUUAAGAUUAUACAUUUGUAUUAAAUCUCUUAUAGCAAGCAAUGACAGCAGGUUAUUGUUAUUCUAACUUACAAUCAAGUUUCUAUGGAUAUUCCUAAACAAAGUCAUCAGAUGUCAUAAAUAAGAAUAUAACAUAUUGCUAAAUACAUAUGUAAAAGAAUACAGAACCAAAUUAUAUAAAAGUAGGUACCUAUAUAAUAUGUGUGCCAGUCAACAAGAGCGCAAAUCGGCCUAAAUAUUAUAACAAUGUUAAAAUUAAUUGUUUGAAGUACGUUAUGUAGAUCAACAUAAUAAGAUUAAUAAGUACAUUAUUGCACAUCGCUUGUUAUAUUAUUUUUUAAUAAAUGCUUUAUCAAUUUCUAA